GGCUCGAGCCGGGCCGGGCAGGCCGGGCCCGAUGCCCUAGCCCCCUGCACUGCCGCGGUGCCCUUGCUGCAUGGUGGACGGCGAUUCCGCAUGGACAGCACAGAGGGUUUUCCCGUCUUCGUAGGCGACCUGCCCCAGGACAUCACCGAGGAGGAGCUGCGCACCGUCUUCAAGACUUACGGCGAGGUCAAGCGCAUCAAGGUCUUGACCGACGCGGACAGGAGGCCGGUGGGGAACGCCGUCGUCUUCUACGGUUCCAAGAAGGGGGCCGAGGACGCCAUCACCGUGCUUCACAAGGCUUAUAAGAUCCGCGAGGGCGCCACGAAGCCGAUACGGGUGAGCUGGGCGGUGCGCGGCAAGGCCAACAAUCAGCCGGACAGCCAGCGCACCGAGCGCGCCCCCAGCCCGGAGGCGCCCCGCGACCGCGCCCCGGCCCGGCGCUCCCCGCCCCGCACCGCGCGCCUGGAGCGCCGCCCAGAGCCGCCGCCGCGGAGCCGCAGCCGCGGCGGCCGCGCGGACAGCCGCGCGCGCGCGCGCGAGGGCCGGCCCCGGCAGGCGCUCGCUGCGGCCGCCGCAGGCCCGGCGAGGCCGUCCACCUCCCACGGCCAGACGACGACAGGGGAAGGGGCGGCAAAGACAAGGGCGGCAAGGGCUGGCGCCGUGGCGACGACGAGUGGGAGGACGACUGGCACCAGACAGGCUGGCGGGGCGGCUGGGGCAGCGGCGGCUGGGGCAAGGGCAAGGGCAAGGGCAAGGGCAAGCGCGAGGCCGACGACGAAGACGAGGGCCCGCCGCGCUGGGGCAAGGGCAACAAAGGUAGAGGCAAGGGCCGAUGGCAGGGCGGCAACGGUGCCGCGGAGACGGGCGGCGGGAACACGAGGCUUCACGUGGAGAGGCUUCCCAGGGACAUCAGCGAGGGUGCCCUCAAGAAGGGCUUCGGAGCGUUCGGGGAGGUGCUGGGCGUGAAGGUACUGCCCUCGCGCGGAGGCCCUGCCGCAACCUUCUCCUUACCAUCACCUCGGGGUCGCCACGGGUGACGAACACGUCCGUUUGAGAAAACAGCGACAUGACCAUCGUUUCUCAGACGGAGCAUCCGGCGCCGCCCCUGGCGCGUUCCGCGCGCCAGGGAGGGGUGGUCCGGCCCCGAUCCAGGACAUCCGCGCGGGCCUCCGAGAAAUCGUGCUCGUGCCUGUUUUCCUCCGCUCGAAGCCCUGGCUGCCCAGACACCGAGGCGCGGUCCCAGGGAUGCGCGACCCCACGGGUGCCGCCCGCGCCCGGCCUCUGCGCAGGUCGACCGUGCAUCCGUGGUGUCGCGGCCGGGGGGUCCAGGCAGGGGCCGUGGACGUGGGUCUUCGUCCGUCCUUCGCGGGGGGCGCCGGCCCGGUCCCUCCGCGUCCCGCGCAUCCUCGUGAUUCGUUCUCUUCUUCUCCCCACCCCGAGGGGGGGGGCCUCCUUCCGAGGCGGGAACUUCUGCAUGACCGCCGCCUGGGGGCUCAGUGUUCGGGGCCUCGGCAGGCGGGGCACAGGGAGACAUGCGGGCCCCCGGGGGCCGAGAUGUAUCCACGUCCACCGCCCGCUGGGGCACCAGGACGUCGGUUUCCAGGCGGUGGAC